GAUUUACUUUAUUAGAUUUUUUACAUUUAUUUUAUUUAAGCAAUUUUUUAAAUGUACAUUGUGAAUGUCAAAUCUGGAAAGUCGAUAAAACCAGUCCAGUUUGUGAUGGAUGCGUGAGGGAAGGGAAACAUCAGUUCUUCUUCCGUGUGUUGAAGGAACCUGAAUCUGACGGAGAAAGGAAUCCAGAGACAGCUGACAGACAGCCUGUCAGCUGUCAGUUCCAGGCCUGCACUCCAACUCGAAUUCAGAAGAGAAACUAGGAGGAAAAUGUGUGGUGCACGUUUUGUAUUUCUAAUUUCAGCAAGGACUAAGCAUGAAGUGCAGCCUCGUCCUGUUACAGCACCAAAAACUUGGACAAAUUACGCAAUGAUGGAAACAUGGAGAGGACACGUUCAACUUGUCCACAAAGUUAUCCGAUCUGGUGCAAAUGUGUCUAUAAAACUGUAAUAAAUCGUUCGCACGAUUAGGUGAUGUGUAACUGUCAUUGAGCUCCCCAAACCCACACACGCAUGGGCAGAGGCGCAGCGCGCGCGUCCCUGUGCCAAUUACGCAAAGACGCACAAACAUCUCAGAAUUAACGGCGCUCAUCGUGGCUGAAAAAUGAAGCCGACAGCAGUGUGGAGAGAAAACGUUACAUUACUUUGACACUUCAUUACGUCAGGAUCUCCUCUUUGAUUGGGAGGCUGCAGCGGCAGCAGCAACCUGCAGUUUGACUCUGAUUCCGCUUGAGAGAAGGAACUGGAGGAGGCGGGGUGAUCCCUCCUGCCCGACUCGAGACCCACGUAAACCGAGUUCUCUUUCGGACCAGCAGCCACACUGAUAGCGCGACGCCGCGGACGGAGCAGCGCAGACGCAGAGCGCACGGAUUCUGCUCACACUCCCCGCGUCUGCUUUGAGGAUACUACUGCGUCUUUUUGUUUUCCUUUGGAAAAGCUUUAACUAGUCAGACGCUCCGACUGUUGGCUUCGAGCAUCUCACUCAUGUCUUUUUCAACAAUUUGCACGAGACUUGGGUCAUGAUCACAUCGCCCACGGUCUCUUUUCUGAGAAAUAGCACAAAUCCAGCGUGGGAGAGCGGCUCCUCGGGGGAGAAGGGAGAACGAAAGGUCCGCCAAGUGUUCGGUCUCAACUCGGUCUCUCCUGCAGACCCUUCUCGCCAAGCCAGUCGUCUCCCCAUAAAGGUUUUGAAAAUGCUGACAGCGCGGGCAGGACACAUUUUACACCCGGAGUACCUUCAGCCUUUACCGUCUACUCCCAUCAGUCCCAUCGAGUUGGAUGCCAAGAAAAGCCCGCUGGCCCUUUUGGCCCAAACGUGCUCGCAGAUCGGCAAACCGGACCCGCCGUCGUCCUCCAAGCUGUCCUCUGUCGCCUCCAAUGGAUCUAGUGAGAAGGAGAGCAAAUCUGGACCGCUGAAAAUGAGCGACAUCGGAGCCGACGACAAAUCUAGCUUCAAACCUUAUUCCAAAUCAUCAGAAAAGAAAGACUCGAGCAGCGGCGGCAGCCUCAGUGGGGAUAAAACUAGUUUCCGAGUGCCUAGCGCCACCUGCCAGCCGUUCACCCCCAGGACAGGCAGCCCCAGCUCCUGCACCUCCGUUUCUCCCCUGCCGUCUGAGGGCAAAGCGGGGGAUAAGGAGGAAAAGAAGGAGUCUGACAGCAAUAAAAGCAGCACAACAGAAAAUAGUGGUAGCCAAAGGAUAAACGGAAUUACCUCUGAAGGCAGCCAACACCAAGAAAACACAUCUGGAUCCAAAAGCGGUACAUCAGACUCUACAUCCGUGACCUCCUCCUCCUCUGUUCUCGGUUCUGGACUGGUGGCCCCCGUUUCCCCCUAUAAGCCCGGUCAUACCGUUUUCCCCUUGCCAUCUGCUGGUAUUUCCUAUCCUGGGAGUCUAGCAGGUGCGUACGCGGGUUACCCGCAGCCCUUUCUCCCUCACGGAAUGACCCUUGACCCCACCAAAUCCAGCAGCCAGCUUUUGAGCGCACAGUUUGCGGCUGCCAGCUCACUGGGAUGCAGCAAAGCCGGAAGCAGCCCUCUGGCUGGAGCCUCCCCGCCGUCUCUGAUGUCUGCGAGUCUGUGUCGAGACCCCUACUGCCUCAGCUACCACUGCACAAGCCAUCUGUCCGGCGCGUCCAGCGCCAACUGCGCGCACGACUCCGCGGCUGCGGCCGCGGCGGCCAGCGCGCUCAAGUCCGGAUACCCGCUCAUGUACCCCACGCACGCGCUGCACGGCAUGCACUCGUCCACCCCGUCUUUCAGCGGACACCCUUUGUAUCCAUAUGGCUUUAUGUUGCCCAAUGACCCCCUCCCGCACGUGUGCAACUGGGUGUCUGCAAACGGACCCUGCGACAAGCGCUUUUCCUCCUCGGAGGAGCUCCUCAGCCACCUGCGGACUCACACGGCCUUCGCCGGCACAGACAAGCUGAUCUCCGGGUAUCCGGGCUCGGCGUCUCUCGCUAACGCGGCCGCCGCCAUGGCGUGUCACAUGCACAUCCCGCCUAACGGCAGCCCCGGGAGCGCGCUGGCCCUCCGGGGCCCUCAUCACCCCCUCGGACUCAGCGGCCGCUACCACCCGUACUCAAAGAGCCCCCUGCCCACCCCGGGGGCCCCAGUGCCGGUGCCGGCCGCCACCGGGCCAUAUUACUCCCCGUACGCCUUUUAUGGACAGAGACUCACAACUGCGUCGGCCUUAGGAUACCAAUAGAGAGAGAAUUACAGGUUUAUCGAGGAGAUUUAGGCCCAGUGAGUUUUAUAUUGUAUUUCAUGCAGGGACUGGAUCCACAUGGGGAUCUCUGUAUUUAUUUGCGAUAGCUUCAAGCGUGACUAAAAUAAUAAAAAAGAAAAGUCUAAUACAUACAUUUCAAAAGCCUGUUUAUUUUUGAAGGGAUGUUUACUGUUCAAAUUUGGAGUUUAGCUUGUGCAACUUUUAUAAAUCAUUUUCCAU